AUAGGCAUGCGGCGUGAGGCGGCUGGGGCGGGAGGCGGAGCCCGGCAUGGGGAUGAUGUCACCUGGAGCGAGUGGCGCGCGGCGUGGAACGCCAGUCGCGACCCCGGAUUCCGGCGGUGGCGCGCGCCUGCCCUCGCGCCGCACGGGACAGGAGGGUUGGGCGGGCAGCGAGGUGGGAGUAAAAGAUGGCUUUGAAGAUGGGGGCGGCUCCCGGAGACACGCGCUCGGGUUAUAAGGUGGGGUGAAUGCCUGGUCGGCGAGUGCACCUUACUCUGCACCCCUGAGCCCGCCUCGGGAACUGCACGUGGCACCCCCACCUCCCGCGCAGACUAUUGCGCGGCCGGCAGGGCUCCCCCGGCGGACUAAGCUAAUGGUUCGCUCCGCCCCGCCCACACAGAGGCCGCCCACUGACUCUGGCGCGUUUCAGGACUCCUCUGUCAGACCAGCUACAGAGAAAGGGGGCUUGGCUUCCGCCCUCAAAAUCUCGGAAGGGUAGGGGGGAGUUGUCUUCAGCUCUGAUCCCGCGCUCAGACCCAGACCGGGUCCCAGCCUCCAUCCUGGACUUAUCGCCGGGAAGCCGGCCAGCCUCUGUCUUCGGACCUGGCAAAAAGUCUCAAGCUCCGCUCUCAGACCCUGA